ACGAAACUAUUUUUUUUCCAAGACGGAUCCCACAAUCAACUACACCGGGUCCAAGGAGAGACAAAAGUCGAUACAAGUACGAGACUGCCACGGCACGGACUGCUAAACGACUUGAGCUGAGUUGACGAGGAGGACAGAGAUUUGUCUUUCCCACCUCCACACAGCCGUAAGUCAUGGACUUGAGCAUACGCAAGCGCACUGGAUAUGAUAUCGAGAGUCUGCUGGGCACUUCACCGGACACCCGGAGGUCAAACAGAGAGGUCACGGGGACAACGGCCAGCCCGCGACAUGCUACCCUGGAUGGCGACGACGUUGACUCAGAGCUGCUCCCCCCUCACGACCGACAACUCCCGGGGCUGUGCCAAGAGACCAGGGCCGCCAUCUUCAAACCGGAAACAGGAAAUUCGUUGCCCGAGGACCAAUCGCAGUCGGAGGUUGCACGAGAUGUGGCGCCAUCUGUCGCCAUCGGCUCACGGGCAGGCAACUCGUUGAUCAGAAAGGAUAUUAGGGGAAUAACCUCUGUCCGGGAAGCAGAUUUAGAUAAUGAGAAAAGUGUUGAGGGCAGAUUAGAUAAAUUACCUGUGGUCGGGAGAGUAACAUCCCUCCACCACUUUAGCGAGCCGAUGACAUCGGAGCACACAACGGCAAACAGAGAAGUCGACGAUGAAGAUGAUGACGACGUAGACGACGAGGAUAAUGAAUGUGGCGAUGGUGGUGGUGGUGGUGGUGGUGGUUGUGGUGGUGAUGAUGAUGAUGGAAAUGACACUGAUGGGGGAGUGGAUGUUUUGAUGGACAGCUCAGUUCACAACUCAUGUGACGUAUUCGUGCUUCGACCUAGAGAAGCUGAACAACCUACAAUGCCACAGUAUUGUAACAAUAACAGCAACAACAACAACACCAACACCACCACCAACAACAGUAACAACAGCAACAACAUCAGCAAUAACAAUACAAGCUACUUUAAUAAUAACAAUAACAGCAAUAAUAACGUCAUUAACAACAACAUUGACUUUUCAAUAGAACAGAAAACUGUUCCCUAUAAGCACGUGAACCUCGAUGAAGACAGACCAAACUCGACCACGCCAGACAACAUGAUCAUCGAGGCUAGAAAACAAUCGAAUGACACUCCCGUCCAUGAGAGAAACGACAACUCCGCGCACCGCGCCGUGUACCCGGAUGAUUCAGCUCACGAUGAAACGAUGACAGAGGAAGAGGAGAAUAUAGAUAAAAUGAAAGACAUGGACGAGAUGGGGAAGAGAAAACAAAGGAGAUACCGAACGACCUUCACCAGUUUUCAGCUCGAAGAACUGGAGAGGGCUUUCCAGAAAACACAUUAUCCGGAUGUUUUCACACGGAUCGUGUGGUUCCAGAAUCGUCGAGCGAAGUGGAGAAAAAAAGAAAAAGUGGGAGGACAAACUCACCCGUUCAGCGCCUACCCAGGGGGUUUGAACCUCAUGACGCGGAGCCUCCUAGCUCCUCCACCACCUGGGAUGGGCAGCCCUCACCAUCCUCACCACCCUCACCACCCCCACCAUCCCCACCAUCACCCACACGCAGGACACCAGCACACUGCUCACCCAAGCUACUCGGACCUCCUUCUAAAGACCUACGAGAACACCGUGAUGUCGAGGUACGGCCUCAACAGUCUCGGCUCUCCGGCAGCAGCAGCAGCAGCAGCAGCGGCAGUGACGCAAUUCGGACAUCCGUCGUUCUUCUCUCCAACCGCCGCCGCAUUCUCCUCCCUCGGUCUCUCCUCCUCUCCUGGAGGAAUCGCAGCCAUGCGCGCACUGGGGCCCCUCCCCCUGCCCCUCCCACCUCCAGGCUCGUUCCAACAUCUAUUGGCCAGCAUGACGUCUUCAGCCAUCAAAGCUCGGGAGGGGGCGGAGCUAAGUCUUCCGAUAUCCCCUUCGUCCCCGCCCACUACCCCGGGAACUUCAGGGUCAAAGACAGCUAGCCCUUCUCCUAACCCCGACCCUACAGACGUGGUGACCUCAGUGACAGGUGGGCGAAAAGGCCUUGACCGUAGCCCUGACCCUGGACAGCUGGACGAGCGAGGUCAAUGUCAAGGUCAGCCGCUUGUCGGGGGAAAAGGAGACCGCCGGAGUUCGAGCAUCGCCUCGUUGAGACUGAAGGCUCGAGAGCAUCAGAUACGCCUGGGGUCGGACAACUGCGCGAGAAUAGCUUACUGAUUAGACCACCUGUAGCCAGGCUGCUGUUGCAGUUUUGUUGUUGCUGUCUUGCUGUCAAUAUUGUUGUUGCUGUUGUU